AUGACGGUAUCAACCCAUAAAAAAGACAAACGAGAUUACAAUUUAUUGGAGCGAUAUGAACUUUAUAUUGUGGGCAAUGAUGAGAGGUUAAUCAAAAAAAGAAAAACCCUUACCGAUACAAUCUCAUUUAUGGUGAAAACGGAUGAACUGUUCCAAGUCAUCGACCAGGCACAUAAGCGAAUUGGACACGGCGGGAGAAUAAGAACACUUCAAGAAAUCAAACUCAAAUAUGGAAAUAUAACCGAAGAAGUUAUUGAACUGUACAUUUCUAUCUGUGAAGCUUGUCAGCGAAAACGUUCAAUCUCACUUCCAAAAGUAGUGUCGAAACCGAUACGCUCACAUCAUUUAUUGAGCCGUGGACAAAAAUUCGGUCGGCACCGUUCGAUUGGUAUAACUCAUAAAUUCGAUCUAUCGUCGCUUCCCCUAGCGCCGGAAACGAUUCAUCGAAUCACAUCAGAAGAGGAGCUCAGGCAAGCCGUCAGUAAUAAACAAAGUGAUGCGCUCACAACCUCAACAAUUACGACAAUUUCAUCAUCAUCCAGUAUUCAGAUGGUAACCACGAGCAUGUUACAAUCGUUAUCCGAUCUCAGUUUAAAAGCAAUGUCAUCUCAAUCCAUAUCUGAUGAAACUACGACCGUUUCAUCGCUUAUUACAACGUCUACGACUACAUCAGCAGCUUUAGUGGGAACACCAAAGCCGACUCCACUUCUUGAUCUGAUGACUAAAACUCCACUCAGCCCUACAUUCACAUUGAGAAAACCUCAGGUUAUACCUGAGGUUAUACUAUAG